AGAUAGCGAGAGUGGGAGAGUGGGAGAAAUGUGAACAUUUUGUGCAAAUAUUAAGUUGCAUGUGCAAUGACUUUAUUUGUGUCAUCAUCAAACUCCCCAACUUCAAAUCAACGUCAAGCGUUUUGUUGAACUAUCCACAACAACAACAAUCGAAGUGGACAACAGCAGCAACAACAACAACAACAGCAACAAGAUUGACAUUGAAAUUGAAAUCGAACGACACAGAGCAAGCAAAACAAGUCAUCACGCAUACGCAGCGUAUGACGACGACGACGACGAUUGCGGAGUCGAGAGUCAACAAAACAACAACAAACAACAAAACAACAAAACUCGUGUUAAUUGCUCCUCGCUUCGCAUCGUAUCGCAUCGCUUGAUGGUGUCUGACAAUUUGCGAGCAAAGUUGCAACAGAGUGGCAACUGAAGCGCAACCGGCCAAGAAUAACAAACCAGACGACGAAGACGAAGACGACAACUUAUUCGAGUUGUUGCCACAGACUUUUGUAACAAAAUAAGAGGGAGGACAGCGGACAGCGGAAAGGCAACAGCAACAGCAACAGCAGCGUCUGAUUUUAGAGGCGGCAACAUGUCGUCGACAACAAGACGAAGAAGGAGUUGCCGCCGCCGAGUCCGCCGAUGCCGAGUUGCCAACACAUUUCAAUUGCUGGCAAUUGCCUUCUAUUGCUGCUGUCAAUUUGAGCUGUUGCUUGUUCAGGGGCAACAGCAGGCGACCUCUGGCGGCCAGCAGCAGCAACAGCAACAGCAAUUGAAAUAUCAACAAUUGCAAUAUCAAAUGCAACAGCAAUAUGAAUAUCAACAGCAGCAACACUACCAACAACAGUUCCAGCAGCAACAGCAACAACAACAACAACAGCAACAUGUAUUGCCAACAGCAACACAGGAGCAACCGAACGAUUUGUUUUCGACACAACCAACUCAGCAGCUGCUACAAACGGGUGUCUCGCUCAUUGUCGACGAUGGCAAAUCGACGCCGGAAACUGUUGCAGCAGCAGCCGCAUCAGCAGCAGCAGCAACUGCAGCUGGACGACGUCGACCAGGCGCCGCCAUUGGCGGCAUGAAGCGCAAGCGACGUCCGCAAUUGCCGCUGGCAACGAUGGGCGCCAACGAGGAGGCUGAAGCAACUGGCGGCAGCAACUAUUGGCGUGGCCAUGUUGAGGAUGAACAGCAGCAGCCACAGCAACAGCAGCAGCAACAGCGACGCAAACAACAAUUGCCAAGCAUUCGAGAGCCGAUGGCGGCAUUGGAGCGUGAACGUGAACGCGAAAGGGAACGACAGCGACAACAACAAGCGACGGCAGCAGCUGUGAACAACAGCAAAGCCUAUCGACGUCCUUAUGGCCAGGCCAAGAAGCAGGAUGCGCUGGAAGCAACACCAACAGCAGAAGCAGCAACACCAACCACAGCAACAGCAACAGCAACUGCUGCCAGCAACAACAAAUCGCCGGUUGAUCUGAAAAAUAUUCUGAAGAAUUCGGGUGGCUUGAGUUUAAGCGAAAUAUUGCAACAGAAGAAUCUGUCGCUGGAUGAUUUGCUCAAGGGCAAACAAAAUGCAUUGCUCGCAUUGCAAACAACAGCAGUGGCGCCACCUGCCGUCAGUCUGACCAACUACGAGCCCAAGGCAACGGCACAAAGCGGCAACAAAUUGUUGGUGCGUCGCAUUCCCGCUGCUUUUCUGGGCAAUGAACACGACGCAGACACAACAGCACAACAGCAACCACAAUUGCAGCAGCAGCAACAUCAAGAGGAUUUCCAGUUGAAGCCGAAGCCGAGCAAAUUGCCAGCAUUGCAGCGCUUCAAAUUGUUUGGCAGCUCAUCGCGCGAGGGUAGCACAACGCGACGCACGCCGCCAACGGUUGCUGCUGUUGCGACGGCAACCAGUACAACGACAACGACAACAACAACACGAUUGCCGCUGUACAAAAAGCGACAGCAAUUGCGUUCGACUUUAAAGCCGCCAGCAUUGUUUAAGUCCACGGCAGCCACAACAACGACAACGACAACAACGACAACAACAACAGCAGCAGCGGCAGCUACGACCACAGCAGCCAUUGCUGCUGAGCUGGAGACAACAACAAUGGCGGCAACAGCAGCAGCAGCAGCAGCAGCAGAUGAUGAAGUCGAUGAGGCUGAGGAAGAGCAAGAACAGGAUCAAGAUUACAGCGAGCCAGUGACUAAAUAUCGCACACCCAACAUCAGCAACACUGGCAACUCUGGCAGCAGCAACUCUGUGUACAGCAGCAGCAACAGCAAUGCUGACAGCAACUCUGGCAACCCAAGCAGUAACUCUGGCAACUCUGGCAACCCUAGCAGAGAAACAACCAAACGUCUGCGAGACAAUUUCAUUGGCCACAACUACGAACGCAACUCUGUGGAGAGCAUCGAGGAUGUGGAACUCGAGCUGGCCGAGAAUGUGGUCAGCUCCGAGUCGGCAGCAGUGCCCAGCACAGCAGCAACACACGCCAUCAGCAGCAGCAGCAGCAACAGCAACAGCAACAGCAACACUGGCAACAGCAGCGAGGAGCAACAGUUGCUCGAUGGCAACGAUGAGCUGGAGAACUUCUUCGACGAGGUCGAGAGCAACACACAUCAGUCACGCCUACCACCGCCACCGCCCACGCCUGCAACGCGCCAGCGACCGGAGCAAUCGCUGCCUCCGUUGGUGUUGCUGGACGAUGUGGAUGAUCGUACCGAUCUGCUGGAACUGAUCGAGGAUCGACGAUCGGGCAAUCGGCUGUUCAAGGUGCUCGAGCAACGGAACAUGACGCUGGAGGAAUUGAUUGAGCAUCGCAAACGUGGCUCGAGUCAGUUGCAUCUAUCGACGAUACUCAGCGGCGAUGAGCAUUCGCGUUUCUAUCCGGGACAGAAGGUUGUGCUGCAGGAUAACAUGGAUAUUGUGACGGCAUUUGAGAAUUUUCCGCAUUUCAAUUUGAUAGACUUGAAGAGCGUGAAACCGGAUGAGAUCAAAACGGAUUCGCAGGGUUCCAGCUAUUUCACCUCCAUCAUUGACAUCGAGCCGAACGAUGGCGGUGUCAGUGUCGAUGUUGCCGAUAUCACCGAUAACAGUGCAACUGGCAAUCGAGGCCCCGCCUAUGCCCAAACAUCAUCAGCCCACUUGGCCGCCACCCAAACAUCCCAACAGCAACAGCGUGGUGAAAAGUCACUUGGCUUCUUUCCAUCGUGGAAAAGUCUAGCGUUGGCUUCGCUGGCAACAUCAACAGUUGCUCGCAACACCAACGGAGGAGGAGGAGGAGGAGGGGGAGGUGGAGAAAGAGAGGAUAAACGCAGUGCUUACUAUUUGCCACCGCCGCGUUUGUUGCUCGACAACAGCAAUGCGGGCAGCAGCUCGCAGGAGCAACAGGACAGCAACACAGCAAUCAUCAACACCAUCGACAUCGAUCUGAGCAGCAAUGGCAAUCUAACGAAAUUGUUGCCCAGCAUCGAUAACAGCGAUGUCAUCGAUACCAUUGAGAACGAGGUGGCACGUGCACACGAUCUCCUUGACUUGGAGUUGUCCGGACACGGAUUCCAUCGCAGUCCAGCUGCAGCGGCAGCCACAUUGAUGUCGCAGCAACAGCAACAGCAGCAGCAACAUCAUUUGGGCAGUUUGUAUGCGAGCAUGCCGCAAGGCAUCAAGUCAGCGAUUGUGGCAAGUGCGGCCAUUGUGCUGACCUCGCUGGGCACUCUGAUGGUAAUCUUUGUGGUGUGCCGUUGGAAGCAGCAUCGACGUCGCAAGUCCAGCUACCUGAAGACCUACAAUGCGAUGAAGAGCAAGUUGCCACAGUUGGCGCCAUCGAGCGGCAUUUCACGUCGCUCGUCGCUGCGUCAGCACAUGGAGGAGUUGGUUGUCAGCAGUGGCAACAGUGGCAACAACCACAACAACAACAACAAUGGCAGUGGUAGCGGCAGCAAUAGCAGCAGCAACAGUUGCCACACCUUGGGCAUUGCCACCGUGUCGUGCAACACGCCCAUUCACGCCCAUCAUCAGCACCAGUUGUUGCAACGACAAAGCAGCUCGCUCCUCAACGCGCUCAGCUCUUGCAACAACUCGCUGACAGCAUUAACACCAACAGCAGCAACAGCAGCAACAACAACAACAGCGGCUGCGACGGCGACAGCAACAGCAACAGCGACUGCGACAGCGGGGGCGUUGGCUAGUGGGCGUGGCGUCGGCUCACUGGCAUUAACACUGCGCAGCGCCCAUCAGAAGCUCAACACCAUGGAUCCCAAUUCGCCCGAGGUGCAGGAAUAUCUAUUCGAUACGCUGCGUAAAUCAUUCGAUAAUUAAGGCUCUAGGUUUUGUCCAUCCAACACCUCCCCAAACAUUGCCCCUCCUUCCACACUCACACACACACACACACACGCACACACACACUCACUAUGUAGCGCUAUCGAUCCAAGUUUAGGCCAAGAUUUAUAUAUAUACAAAUAACGUAACUAUUAUAAAUAAAAACAUAUAUAUACAUAUAUAUACGCGAGAAGUUAAAGAAGUGUAGAAAGCAAAGUGUAGAGAAGUGAGUAGAGAAGAGCAGAUAAAAGUGUAGAGAAGAACAGAAGAAAGCAUAGAGAAGAAUAUACAGAAGUGUAGAGAAAAGAGCUGGCAUAAGAGUAGAGUGAAAUGUGCAAAAGAAGUAAAGAGAGAAGUGAAAAGAAAAGUAUAAAGAAGUACAGAGGAUACAGGUAAGAUAAGUGGAGAGAAAUUAGCAAAGCAAAUUGUAAAGGGAAGUGCAAUGGAAAGUAAAGAGAGAAGAGUAGAGAGAAGU